GGUGCCGCCGCUCCCCGCACAUCCUUCGUGGGGCCCUGUGACUUCGUUACCCUCCUCGUGAGGCCACUCCGCCGGGUGGCCUGAAUCGAGGGUCAGGACUCCAUCGUCGCGCUCUGCCCCUCGCCCGCCCCUCUCAGGCUCUCUGACCGCCACCCCUGCCCGCCUGCCCGCCCCUGCACAACAUGCAGCCCGCGAGCCUUGAGGGUCCCGGCACGUUUGGUCGGUGGCCUCUGCUGAGUCCGCUGCUCCUGCUCCUGCUCCUGCUGCUGCUGCUCCAGCCUGUAACCUGCGUCUACACCACGCCGGGCGCCCCCAGAGCCCUCACCACGCUGGGCGCCCCCAGAGCCCACACCAUGCCAGGCACCUACGCUCCCUCGACCACACUCGGUAGUCCCAGCACCCAGGGCCUGCGAGAGCAGGCACGGGCCCUGAUGCGGGACUUCCCGCUAGUGGACGGCCACAACGACCUGCCCCUGGUCCUGAGGCAGGUUUACCAGAAAGGGCUACCGGAUGUUAACCUGCGCAAUUUCAGCUACGGCCAGACCAGCCUGGACAGGCUUAGAGAUGGCCUCGUGGGCGCCCAGUUCUGGUCAGCCUACGUUCCAUGCCAGACCCAGGACCGGGAUGCCCUGCGCCUCACCCUAGAGCAGAUUGACCUCAUUCGCCGCAUGUGUGCCUCCUAUUCUGAGCUGGAGCUUGUGACCUCGGCUAAAGCUCUGAAUGACACCCAGAAAUUGGCCUGCCUCAUCGGUGUGGAGGGUGGCCACUCGCUGGACAAUAGCCUCUCCAUCUUACGUACCUUCUACAUGCUGGGAGUGCGCUACCUGACACUCACCCACACCUGCAACACGCCCUGGGCAGAGAGCUCAGCUAAGGGCGUCCACUCCUUCUACAACAACGUCAGCGGGCUGACUGGCUUUGGUGAGAAGGUGGUGGCAGAAAUGAACCGCCUGGGCAUGAUGGUAGACUUGUCCCACGUCUCAGAUGCUGUGGCACGGCGGGCCCUGGAAGUAUCACAGGCACCUGUGAUCUUCUCCCACUCAGCUGCCAGAGCUGUGUGUGACAAUUCGUUGAAUGUUCCCGAUGACAUCCUGCAGCUUCUGAAGAAGAACGGUGGCAUCGUGAUGGUGUCUCUGUCCAUGGGAGUAAUACAGUGCAACCCGUCAGCCAGUGUGUCCACUGUGGCAGAUCACUUCGACCACAUCAAGGCAGUCAUCGGAUCCAAGUUCAUUGGGAUUGGCGGAGAUUAUGAUGGGGCCGGCAAAUUCCCUCAGGGGCUGGAGGACGUGUCCACAUACCCGGUCCUGAUAGAGGAGUUGCUGAGUCGUAGCUGGAGUGAGAAAGAGCUUCAAGGUGUCCUUCGUGGAAACCUGCUGCGGGUCUUCAGUCGAGUGGAAAAGGUACAGGAAGAAAACGAAUGGCGAAGCCCGUUGGAAGACAAGUUCCCGGAUGAGCAGCUGAGCAGUUCCUGCCGCUCCGACCUCUCACGUCUGCGUCAGAGACAGAGUCUGACUUCAGACCAGAAACUCACUGAGAUUCCCACACACUGGACACCCAAGUUAUCAGCCAAGUUGUCCCUCUCAGAGUCCUCCCCCAACAUGGCCCCAGUCUUCACAGUUGUGGUCACCUUCCCAGUCCUUAUUCUGUGGCUCUGAUGACCCAGUUAGUCCUGCCAGAUGUCACUGUAGCAAGCCACAGACACCUCACAAAUUUCCCCUGUUGUGCAGGCACAAAUAUUUCCUGAAAAUAAAUGUUUUGGACAUAGAACCAGA